AUGCGGAUGGUUUUUGGCGUCAAGCUGAUGUUGGAGGCUGUUGUGACCGAGUAUUUCCAACUCUUUCGUCACGGCAUCUGGUUUUCCAACAUGGAUACACCCUGCCAUCUUAAAGCUAAAGCGCAGCAGCAACUAGUAUUUCUUCGAACGGCUAUGUCGAACGACGUAAUACUGGGUGGAUUGAAGGGAGUAGACGCGUUGGUAGAACAAUGGAGGCGGUAUUGCACCUACUUUGACAAUGUGGAGCUUAACCUGGGUGUAGUGGAUAUACGAUCAAACAUUGCUUGGGCUAAUGCAACGUUGAGCGUGACGGUAACGAAAACAACGCUGGAUCAAGUUUUCCCACACCUACUGGAAGGUGAACAAUACAAAUUGAUACUGCGAUCAAGACUGCUUGGCCAGCGACUGGUCCUCCCGUGUCGUAUCUGUUUCGAGUGGGACGAAAAAUCCAAGCGCGUAGUGCGAUUGGAUAAAAUGCUGGAUUUCUUCACACCACUACAACAUUUGCUACCAUGUUUUGAUUUUGUUGCAACGGUGAUGGAGAAAGCUCUCAUUACGCUAGAAUGUAUUAUUAGUGACGGUGGUUCUGAUUGA